UCCCUAACAUUACCCAAAAGUAUCAGAGUGAAGGACCCACCAUUCGAUGCUGACGUGGAAAUAGCGCGAAGAGCGGUUUCAGAGUCUUCGUUAAAAAGAAUAGCGGUUUCAGUGUUCCCUGUAUUUCAAAUAAAAAACACCGGGGUCUCUAUAAUUUGAUCCCUUCCGUAGAGCGAAAGGUUAGAGUGAGAAAGAGAGAGAGAGUGAGAGAGAGACAGAGAAUUCUAGAGAGAGGGUGUGUUUGUGUGUGAAUCUGUAUCUGUAUCUGUCUCGUUUUACAGGAAAAACGGAAACUCCAAUAGUAGUCCCAAACAAACGCCAUUGAAUUCAGUUGCAGAAAUCAGAGCUUUUUCAACACCUGGACCUCCUCUUCAGCGCACAGCUCACCCUCCUCCACCUUCCAUCCGUCACUCUCUCCUUGGCCUUGCCUUUAAUCCUCCACUUUCGAAUCCCCAUACCAUACCCCUCCCCCGCACUUGAUGAUGCUUCUCUUUAAACCAGAGAGAUCAAACCAAACCAAACCAAAUCCAACCCAACCCAACCCAACCCAACCCCCAAAGCCUUUUUAACCCUGGGUUUGCAAUUACUCUCUCCAUUAACCCAUUCAUCUACAUACAUACAUUGCUUUUGUGCAUAAAAACAAUAGAUUAAAAAAAAAAGAAAAAAGUAACCAUGAAUGAGCAUUGCACAAAUGUCACUCAGAUCGGGGACUUCCAUGGCCAAUUAACCCAAGUUAUGACUACAAAAAACCCACUACCACUACCAUUCUCUCUUUAUCACCCCCCAUUUCGCGAUUGCCGAGCGUCGAUCAACAGUAGUGCUACUGUACCCAAACAACCACACGGAGAGAGAGAGAGAGAGAGACAACGGGGCGUUCACAGAAAACCCUAACCCUACUAGUGCACAAACACACCAUACCAGAUGGGGAAAAACGAGGCGUAUGGUUUGGUGGCAGGUGGUGGUGUCGGAACGAGGGUCACCAGCACUACUAGUGUCGCAACCAAGGGAGACAGAGUUCGGAAGACUCGUGUUAAUGACGAGUCGGAUCGGACCGAGUUGGCUCUGAACCUGGUCUCCGCGACGAGUCUCGGUGUUCUCAGGAAGAAAAGGAUGCCCCGACAGAGGCGAUCCUCCAUCAACCUCCUCCCUUUUCUAUCCCUCAGCUCGCACGUGCCACCUCCACCUCCCCUUCCCCUUCACCCUCCCGCACGUGCAAUCGACCGAACAAGGUUGAGGUUUCUUUUUCAGAAGGAGCUUCAGACAAGUGAUGUAGGCUCCCUCAGGAGAAUGAUAGUCCCAAAGAAAGCAGCUGAGGAUUACCUUCCCAUCCUCAAGGAGAAGGAAGCAUUUGUUAUCAGCAUGGAUGAUAUGGAUGGCCUGCAUGCUUGGAGUUUCAAAUUCAGAUACUGGCCGAACAACAGCAGUCGAAUGUAUGUACUUGAAAAUACUGGGGAAUUCGUCAAUACACAUGGCUUAAAACAGGGAGACUACAUGAUGCUGUAUCAAGAUUAUGAAAACCGGAAUUAUGUGAUUCGAGCAAGGAAAGCUUCCGAUCAGGAUUUGUAUUCUGAAUCUGCAACGAAUGCUGUCAAUGUGUACUUCGCUGAUGAUUUUGAGGUAAAUGACUCUGGUUUGGUUCCUCCUGUGAACUUUCCCACCGUGGAUGAUACUGGGAUGCCAUUUGUCUAUGAAACUACCUUCUCAAGUGACUCGGAGUCGUCUUAUGUUUAUGAGACCACCUCCUCAAAUGACUCUUUGUUUGAUUUUUGGAAUGGACCAAUGACCUACCACCCGAAGGUUGAACCUAUUGGAAGCUUUGAAUCCAUCGAGAACUUGUCCCUUGAGGAACUUUUGUUAAGCUUCUAGUAGUGGAGUGGUAGUAUCAGAUAAUAGGGCUAGUACAUGCUACGUGCAAUGUUAGGGAGGGACUUAUAUUAUGUUACUGAACUAAUGUACUUUUUGUUAAGAAUAUAAUAUAUAUAUGUAAUAAGUAAGUAACCAGUUCAAAAACUUCAGAAAUCUUAUACUUGUCCCUUUCUAUUGGAUGUUUAAAUAGUUUUUCUUUAUUGUGUCGCAACACCUACAAGUUAAUUACUGUUGUGUAAUAAAGUUAUUGUCCUAAAGCAUCAGAAUACAAUGGAAUUUGUUUUAGCAAG